AUGGUGUCAAAGGCAGCGUCUGCCGCAAGAGGAGCGCAGCGUGCAGAGCGCAGACCCAGUCCUUGCUGCUCAGACACGGGAGGAAACCAGCCCCCAGUGUUUGAGGCGGUGCGGUUCGAGAGAGCCUGGAGGCUUCUUGUCAAAGUCGCCUUAGCCUUCUUGGGGUUUUCUGCCGACAGUCUGAAUGAAGCGGAAGCACAUGCGGGUGUUCUCGCCGGAGGCACCUCUGGCGCCUCCGCUGUACAGACAGGAGGGUUAUCUGGAAUGGACGCUGAAGCCAAAGAGGCGCAAGCUCUACUGCACUGGAGCGCCUGCAAAGGGCCUUCUUUGUGCAUGCGAAAUUGCGCUUUGCAGGAAGAUGCAUGCGUUGUUGUUGUGGCUUCUAGAGAAGACGUUGCGCGAGCAAGUUUUUUUGUAUGCAACUUAGGGCCUGCUGCCUUGACUCACCUCCGUCUUCUAGCAGAGCCGCAUCUGGCAUGGGCUGCUGACGGAAGUUCACUUGCUGCCUCGCUUGGAGUCGAUCCUCUUAGGUUGGUGACUCCUUGGUGGUUGUUUGCGUGUCUUCGCGACAGGCGUGUGUAUGCUCCAGAUGCGCAUCCGCUUUUUCGCGUGUCUGCUGCUGCUGCUGCGGCUAGCAGUUUCCGCCAGUUUCUUCUCCCGAUGCAGCCUCCGCGUGCAGCCCAGCAGCAGCAGCAGCAGCAGCAGCUUGCAUGCAAGCGCCUCCGCGUGCUGCUGCUGGGCUGUACGCGGAGGUUGCAUCGGGUGCGCAGCGCUAGCAGCAGCCGCUAUGGCUGCAGCGUGUUUGCUGAAGAUUCGGAGGAAGGUGAAGCGACGGGCAGUCCUCUGCAGGCGACUGCUGCUGGGCAGAGUGGAGGUGCUCUUGCACUGCACGACUUAGAGAUCGCUCGUGCAUGCGUGGAAUGUCUGGGGGGCUGCUGCGUGGAUGCGGCUGCAGUGAAUCGGCUUCCGCCCUUCGACUUGUAUGCAUUCCCUGCUGAGCGCAUGCAGCCGCGAGGCCCCUUAGCAGAGGUUUCUGCAGCGACAUUGCGGCAGCAAGUGCUACGAGACACGCAAGUGCUCGUGGCAGAUGCCGCCGUUGCGCGCGACUCAUCUUUGUUGCAGCGCGUUGUGCAGCUCGGCUGUCUGGACGUCACGGUUCUACCGGCGCUUUUGGGAAUUCGUCCAUGGCUUUUGCGUAGCAGCGCGACGCGCGAGCUGGCUGCAGUGCUGUGUGGGGGCAGUGAGCGCGUGCGAAGCAUUGCUGCCGCCCUCGAGAGGGCAGAAGCCACGCGGAAGCAGCCGCUGCAAGAACUGUCUCCUGUGCUUCUUGUGAUGCCUCGCGAAGACAUGGCGAGCCUCAUGGAAUUGGCGAGUAUCGCUGCAGAAGCUGUCGAGGCAGUGGGAAGUGCCUCCGGCGGAAGGCGUGCUGGCAUGCACGGCCCCGCAGUCGCUCAGCAGCAGCAGCAAACGAUACGGUGGCUUCUUUGCGACGCUCAGCAGCGCGUGCUUCAGCGUCUGCCGUCUGCUGCCGCCAAGGAAGCUCGUUCUGCCUGGACAGCUGCCGUUGAAACCUCCUACAGCGCAGCCCCCUCCGAUAGAGCUGCCCUCCUGUCGCAGCGCGACGCAGCGGCAGGCUGCAGGGGAGUGCGGCCUCUGGUCGUGUCUGCCGAGUAUAUCUGCGGCUGCUGGGAAGAGGCUCGACGACUUCCUGCAGAUGCAGCUCACGGCUGCAUGGAGGUGCCCGACUUCUGGAGCGAAUGGCGAGGGGCUGACUCGCAGAGUCAGCCCGAGGAUGCGGCCUUGUUGGCAGCGCUGCAAGAAGACUGUGGGAACACUGUGGUGUAUGGAGAUCUUCCCGUUGCAGGCGAUGUUAAAGAGGCCAGGCUGCGAAGGGCCCUGGCAGCGCUAGAGCAUGCACUGGCUGUCUCCUUGGAUGUUCAGCAGCAUCAGGGGCUAAGAGAGCAAGGCGCGUAA